CCAUUUCCGAACACUUCCGUCUCGCCGUUUUUUCCCUCUUGCUCCCAUCCCUCGCGUGAGUGGUUUCUGGGCAAAUCCAUCGAUUCCUAUCUUUGAUUUCUGUUCCCGUGCUGUUGCGUGGAAGGGUUUUGUGUGCUGUGCUGUUAGUCGCGGUGGUUGCAUGGGCGUACGAGACUUGCAUUACUGCGUAUAGCCGGUGUUUGUCGCUGCUUAGACGCACUGACGAUCGAUCCCGUCGCCCCCGGCCCCAGGCCGCUCGAGCAGUGUCGGAGCGCAUAGCAUAACAGGGCGUUCGCGGGACCCGUCGCAACCGCGAUCAUCAGUCGCAUUCUCGUGUGGUUCCUUUUGCUUUUUGCGCCCCUGAGCAGUCAGCCAUGCGGCCCUAUAACACCCGCCACAAGACGCUGUCGCUGCACUCGCUGGGCAUCCACGUCCCCGGAACCCACGCAGCGCGCGCAUCCCCUCCGAACCGAGCGCCCUCCAACAGCGCAUCUCCGGACUCGAUGGCUUCGCCGGCGUCGCCGCCCUCAAAAGACGACCAGCCGCCAGCGAAGCGGCUCAAACGGACCUUUAGCGAGUCGUCCGACGAUGCGCCGCCCCUGGAGCGGUUGCCCAAGAAACGCGACGAUGCAGCCAAGUUCGAGAACACACCGCCACCGUCACCGCCCGCCGAGCGCCCGUCCGUCGAAAUGAGCGAAGAUGACGAAGCGACCCCGAAGACAAUUGACCUGGAGGGCAUCAACGAUGAGAUCGUCGAAGCGGUGAUUGUCCAGCUGCAGAAAACGGGGAAUCGGCCUCAUCUGGUAAAGGAGCUGGCCACCGUUUUGAUGCAGCAGCUAAAGAUCGUCCAACAAUCUGCCAACCCCGACCGGGCUGGUCUGCCCUGGGCCCCGUGCCCGCUGGCCAAAGAGCUCGAGUCGGUCCACCCGCGCCGCACCUACUUCUACCUGACGACCUGCCCGCAUCAGCCGCUGCCGGAUCCCGCCCAGGCGUCGGCGCUGAGCCAGCUUGCGCAGAGUCGCGCCGUCAUCUCGCCGAGCCCGUCGACCGCGCCAUCCACUGCCGCUGACGAGUCCGAUCUAGAACGGCGGCGUGAGCUCAGCCCCAGCCCGGAGGUCGACCUGUCCAGUCCGGAGCUUGACGAGAUGGAUGACGACCUCGCCAUGCCGAUCACGCCCAUCGGGUCCUUCUCGCUGCGCGGCGGCUUCUACAUGGCCCCGCGCCCGAUACCGAGCGGGUCCGGUCGCCACGGGCGCGCCGUGUCGCCUCCGCUAGAGAAGGACGAGAAGGAGUUCACGCAGACGGCCGACGGCCUGCAGAAGAGGAAACUCAACGGCGGUCUGCUGUCGUCGGGCGGCGCGCCUCCCGUCGAGGUGCCGGUGAGCAUGGACCUCGAAAGAGAAGAGAGCUCGCUAUUCGGCGGCAUGUCCGGCGCCACCGCGCUGAGCACGAUGCCGCCUAUCUCCUUCGUCUCCAGCCCGGCGAUUCGGCCGUCGACCAUGACUCUCAGCUUUGGGAGAAAGGACGGCGAACUGGAUAGCUGGGCCAAGUUGGAGGGCAUGCUGGAGUGGGACCGCAGUCCGGAGAACAUUGAGCUCGAGGAGCUCGAUGGCCUGUUGGACGAUUACUGAGCCGAGCCUGCGGCGCCGGGCAACGGCUCUCAACCCGUCGGGGUUGCCCCGAUGAUGCGCCAAGUGUACGAUGAUGAUGAAGCUGGGCGGGUGGUUCCGGCAGCUUGCGGUUCUGUUUUGCUAAUGAUUUUCCUUUUCCAGUUUGUUUCAUUGUUCCUAUCAUUGUCGUUUUUGCGCGGGGAGGUUUUCUGAUAAUAUCCAUCGAGGCCAGGCCUUCCCAUAGACGAGGCUAGGUCCGCGGCGUUUAUGACUUAGCUGAUGUGGGUUGCGAAUUGGCGUUCUGGAUGGCGGGGAGACUGCGGGGCGGCGGCACCAUUUGCAUUGCUAUUUGGACGCUAUGAUAUUCUCCAUUCUUAUCUCUCUUCCGAUUUCCUUUCUACCCUCGAUGAUACUCUGGUAGAGAAAAGCAUGGCCGGGAUGCUGUGGGGGUUGAGUCUCCAGACCAGGGAAAAGGUACUCCAAAGUUCCGGGGAGAUGGGGGAAAGGAAAAGAAAAGGCAGAUUGUGAUGAACAAUGGACGCCGAGUACGAAGGGUUCAAAACGGCUCCGGCCGAUGGGGGAUGGAUUCGACCUCUGUACUUUAUAACACGCCCUCACCCACCUCAUCUCUGCUCGCUUGUUUAUUCUGGUCGGUCAGGGUGCUACCUACGCCUAGAGAGGGGAGCGUCGUUGUUCCUAGAGGGCGCCAAGAUGGACGGGGUAGACGGAGGUUGCUUAGUCUGGACACGCCCGUUUCGGUUUGUCAGGUGUGCAGAGAUUUCCGAGAUGAGAAGCAAUGCGGGACGGAAGAGAAGGAAUACAAUCAGAUCUCCAAUCAAGAACUGGCUUCGCCCGAAGUGAUGUUUG